GGGUGAAGAAAUGGAGAAGCUCUCCGGCGUUUCGAGCCUCUCUCCGCGGCGUUAAAGAGCCAUUCCACCCCCUCUCUCGCUCUCGCUGCCCUGGAGGGCAACCGAGCGGAGAUAGCGAACAAAAGGCGGAGGGAGACGACACGGCGAUGCUCAAAUGUUUUUUUCAAGUUUUCUCCACUGGGAAAAGUUGUCAUUGUUCAUCUUUGUCGUGGCUUUUGUGGACAUUUUGACUUAUUUCCUUCUCCGGCGAGAGAGAGGAAGAGGCGUUCAGCACCAAGUGGCAGGAAAGCGCCCCUGGUCACACACACACUUUCAGACACACUAGGAACGACACUCCAGUUGUCCCAACAAGACAUUUGAACAGAUAGAACACCACUAAGGGACUACUUCUUCCAGUGUGCUCUGUCAACUUGACUUUUUUCUUCCUGUGUUGAUUUAUGGCCUCAAGCAGGGGUCUCAAACUCACCCCACCUGGAGGCCUCUGGAGGUAGUCUGGGUGAGGCUCAAGUAUUCCACCGAGAGAGGCUCUCCACUACCACGCAGUCUUAGCGGGCCGUGGGCCUUUGGAAGCGGCCACCAAGGUUGCAGCCCAGUUGAGAUGGUGAAGUGUGGCAAUGAAGACGCUCGGCCGGAGAAGUAGGAGUCUUAACCGGAGUUGAAGGAGAGGCUCUCUUCAUCCCGUGAAGAUGGCAGCUGAAUCCCAGACUGUACGCUCAACUCCUUUUAUGGCGCUUGAUGUCAAAGCCAGUGAGCUGCCCUUGGAGGACCUGCUGGCACUGUAUGGCUACGCGGUGUCCGAUCCAGCCAAGCAGAACUGUCAUGUUGCCGCCACUCUGCCGGACGUGACUCUAGACAAGAAGCGGAUAACUGAGGACAUCUUUCCAGGAGAAGAGGGAGUAGAAUCGUCCGCUGAUGAUCUCACACCUUCAGUCACCUCCAACGCCUCAGAUCUGCUUCAACUGCCGGCUGGUGACAAAGACACAUACGUCUGCUCAUCUGACGAGGAUUCGGACAAUAUAUCUCUUCCCUCCAAUGAAGAACACAAGGAGAUCAUGGUCGGUUCCACGUAUCAGGCAACAAUCCCUCCACUCAACCCGUAUGCAUACCAGGAAAGAGCGUACACCAGCGAGGACCAGUUGCUGUGGAGACCAGACGCUCUGCCGGUGCAGGACGUGGAGGAGUUCUUGUUGCGUGCACAGAGCCCACGUGGCCAGGAGGGGGCGGUCUGCAAACAAAAGUGUGCCAGCACGGUCCGAGACAAUGAACAGGCGCUGUAUGAACUGGUGAAAUGCAACUUCAACGCAGAUGAGGCACUGCGACGUUUACGCUUCAAUGUGAAAGUGUUGAGCGAAGAGCUGUGCGGCUGGAGUGAGGAGGAGUGUAGGAAUUUUGAGCACGGCUAUAAAGUUUACGGGAAAAACUUCCAUCUCAUUCAGGCUAAUAAGGUACGAACCCGCUCUGUGGGGGAGUGUGUGGAGUACUAUUACAUGUGGAAGAAGUCUGAGCGGCACGAGUUGUUCACCCAGCAAGCCACCAGGAUCACCCGCAAGAAGUGCACCUUGCAGUCAGGGAGCAUGGAAGAAGGAGACCAGGACGGGGAUGCUGGUGGCACGGAGGGGAGCAAUAACUCCGCUGCCUUGUUGUCACGCAGCUCCACAAUCUCGGGAAAGCUGGCGCCCCCUUUACCGCCGACGUCGAGCCUGGAACUGGACAAAGCAGAUGAAGAACUGCUGACGGGGCUGUGUGGCGACGGAUGUCCUCAGAACCCGUUUGGCCGCCCCUUCCCUCCAUCUGCAGAUCAGAGGGAUUUCCUCCCAGGCAGUUGUCCCGCAGGUCCGGUCCGGCCGGAGCAGCGGUGCGCCCGCGAGGACCUUCUGACCUGCGGGGACCAUCACCACCCCCCGGGCUUCUUCCAGUUCCACGUGAGUGACGGUCCUUUCGUUCCCGAAGAGGCCGACUGCGGAGCGGCAGGAGAUGUGACUGACCCCGGGUGGGACUUCACCUGCUUUGGGCCUCCUCUGCCCCGCCUACUGACUUCCUGUCCACCUUCCCUGCCCCUCCCGACCAGCGACAGCACUUGGGAAAAUCCAAAUGGACUUUGAAUCCCUUCUAAAAGCAACCAGAACAAAAGGAACUGGCAAUACUCGGGCAGCUCGGCACGUUGAAGCAAUAAGAGCGAGGCACACUUCUUUUUUACUCCAGCACGCAGAGAUCACUUUAUUUCCACCCCGACGUCCCCCAUCCUCGCUCAAAGUCUUCUUCCGUCUCUUUCCCAACACAUUUUACUCUUCAGUGCCGCUCGCUGCUCGGCAGGUGUAGCCAGAUUAGCAGAUUAGCAUGAGGUCAUAGUCCACACCAGGCUGGCUCGUGUGCUCGACUUCCUGCUGGCAAGCCAAAGACUUUCUGAGAAGAAGAGCGUGACACAGCUGCAACGCUGGCGUCCCGUCCUUCAUUCCUUCUGUUCUUACCCGUCUUUGCCCAGAUUAUCUACACAAAAUGUACCCCCAUCCAAUCCAGAUUACGCGGCGCACAUGGGCGUUACUAAAUGAUCAACUGGAUUAGCACACAAUAUGAUCCAGUAUAGAAUGGAUGCACGCAGAUUAUGUCCUGGAUAUACGCUUGAUUGACCCAGAUUACAGCCAAGAUUAGCGUGGACUAGCCAGGGUAUGAAUUUGGCUGAUCCAAAUGAUUAGACUGGACUAGCACAGAUUAUGAUUAGAGUCCUUGAUUUGCCCGGUUUAUACCCAGGACUAACCUAGACUACCCGAGGACGUCUUCUGCCAUAUAAACGUGGACGAGCAUUGAGAUUAUAUGCUGUGAUGUCAACCUCACCAUCCUAGAUUAUACCCAGGGUUGAACUCCACUAGCUCAGACUAUAACCUGGGGGUAUAGCAGGAGUUAAAGAGCAGCGUUUUGGGGCAUAAACCAGAUUAUACCCAGAUUUCAGACGGGACAACCCAGAUUAGAGAGCCAGGGUAUACAUUUGACAGGCCCAAAUUAUAGCAAGACUUAGUCCGGACGACCCUGGAGGGAGGACCUGCAUCAAUAUAAACAUCACCAGGCCAAACUGUACCCGGGAUUAAAGUGGGCUAGCCCAGAUUAGUGUCAAUUUGGCUGGACUAGGAUGACAUUUGGGGUUAAUCUGGGCUAGUCUCUCCUACAAUUUGAGGACCUGCAGUAUAAACGUCACCAGGCCGGUCUGUACCCAGGAUUAAAGUGGACUAGGCCAAAUUAUAGUGCCAGGGUGUACAUUUGAUUGUACGUGUUGGGGUUCAUCUGUAGGAGCCUCCAAUAAAUUGUACGAACCUGCAACGUAAGCAUCGCUGAUCCAGACUCCCGCCAACGUUGACUUGGAUUAAAAAAAUCCCUGAGAUAAAAUCAGCGAGUCCCGCUUUUUCAAUCCUAAAGGUGAAAUAUUUGCUUCAUGCUAAUAAAAGUGCAACGUUUCAUGAGGAUUUCCAUUCAUGUUUUUGUUUUUAAAGAAUCGAUUUGAUGGCUUUACUCCGCAGAACAAAGCUGAACUUCCACGUCGAGCUGGUUGCUGCCGGUUAUUUCUUGGAUUAUUUCUCAUCUCGUGAUGUAACGCAAACAUUUCAGGGAACAGGAUGUUGCUUGUUUGUGUCAAUCUUCCAUCUCUUCUAUUUAUUUCUUCCUGUUUUGGUUUUGCUUUUGUAAGAAUUUCAGCUCGCUCGCUCUGAACACGAGCGGAUGUUUGAAGGACGAGACCGAGUGUGUUCUUCUCUUUUUACCUGGACUCGUGCUUUUCAUGUACCGCUCCAAU